AGUGGUCUUGCUAAAAGCAGAGCAUCCUUUACCAGAGGGCUUGAAUAAAAAAAAAUAAAAAAAAAUGUAACGAUUCCUGGCAUUCAGAGAUCGAGCUCCAUCAUUCUCUUAUGCUUAUUUUGUCUUUCUGUGAUGCGAUGUGAAGAAUAAACCUGCUUAUUCAGAUGUCACCAGCAUAUAGGCAUCCUGUACGAGUCACAGUGUACACUGUGUGGUGAGCCUGAAGACCAGCAGUAUUCCUGGUCACCUUCUCAGCACUUCAAUGAGGACAGAUACUCUCCUGCACCAAGGAGUAUGAAGGGUCUAUCUGGCAGCCGAACUCAGCCACAGCUAAGUUCAGGACACACUUGUGGCUUAGCGGAAUGUGAACAUUCCCACGACCAUAUCCACCAUGGGCAGGACUCGAGGCAAUCAUAUUUACUUAGCCCUACGGACAGCUGCCAAAUGGACCACCAUCGCUGCUCGCCUCGUAGCUCCGUCCACUCAGAUUGCAUGAUGAUGCCUAUGGUGAUGGGAGACCACAUCUCAAGCAGCACUUUCCCAAGAAUGCACUACAGCUCUAAUUACGACACCAGGGAUGACUGUGCCGUGUCACAUGCCGGCAGCAAGAUUAACCGAAUCCCAGCAAACCUCUUGGAUCAGUUUGAAAAGCAGCUGCCACUGCACAGAGAUGGCUUCCACACCCUGCAGUACCAGAGAACAUCCACCACAGAGCAGCGCAGUGAAAGCCCUGGAAGAAUACGGCACCUUGUCCACUCAGUCCAAAAACUGUUUACAAAGUCUCACUCUUUGGAGGGGUCUUCAAAAAGUAACAUGAAUGGAACUAAGGGAGACAGCAGAGGUGACAGCCACCAUCACAGUCACCACUCGAAACACAGUAAAAGGAGUAAAAGUAAGGAGAGAAAGCCGGACUCCAAGCAUAGAUCAGGUAUGGGCUGGUGGAGCUCUGAUGACAACCUGGAUAGUGACAGCACUUACAGAACACCGAGUGUCAUGAGUAGGCAUCACAUUGACCAUAUCAGCCACUGUUACCCGGAAUCUAUGCAAGGCCACUUUGGAGACUUUACCCUAAAGACUUCAAAAAGUAACAAUGACGUUAAAUGUUCAGCCUGUGAAGGGCUGGCCAUGGCACCUGAAGGAAAGUUCAUGAAAAGGAGCUCAUGGUCAACUCUAACUGUGAGCCAAGCCAAGGAGGCUUAUCGCAAGUCAUCACUACAUCUGGAAAAGCCAAUGAUGCAUCAGGAUAUUAAACCAUCCCUGAGGCCAUGCCAUUACCUACAGGUGCCUCAAGACGAAUGGGGAGGGUACCCAGGGAUUAACAAAGAUGAUGAGAUCCCCUGUAGGAGGAUGAGGAGUGGGAGUUAUAUCAAAGCCAUGGGAGACGAUGAAAGUGGAGAGUCUGACACCAGCCCUAAAACAUCACCAAAGGCAGCCAUUCGACCAGAUUCCCUUGUCAAAUCUGCAGGGCAGAGACCACAUGGAGACCACCAAAUCCAGACCUACCACCUGCAUGCUGCGAGAGAUAUGCAUCCCAGUGUCAGCUUGGAUCCUGCGGCCAACUAUAACUCCCCCAAGUUCCGUUCCAGAAAUCAGAGCUACAUGAGAGCAGUGAGCACCCUCAGUCAGGCAAGCUGUGUUAGUCAGGUGAGUGAGACUGAGAUCAAUGGCCAGUUUGAAUCAGUUUGCGAGUCCGUUUUUAGUGAAGUAGAAUCUCAGGCUAUGGAUGCCUUGGACCUGCCUGGCUGUUUCCGCACUCGAAGCCACAGUUACCUGCGUGCUAUUCAGGCUGGUUACUCCCAGGACGAUGACUGCAUUCCUUCAAUGACAUCGUCCACAAUCACCUCAACUAUCAGAUCCACAACAGGGAUCCAGUUUCGCCUUCCAUCUGCCGUGGAUCCGGCACCACAAUCUCCAGCAGUAACAUAUACCACCAGUUACAAAAAGACACCACCUCCUGUCCCUCCACGCACCACCUCCAAGCCGCUCAUUUCAGUCACGGCCCAAAGCAGUACGGAAUCCACCCAAGAUGCCUACCAUGACAGCAGGCAUCAGAGGGGAGGACUGUGGCCUCUUGACAUCCGGGGCAUGUACAACUCUACUGACAGUCUAGAUAGUACCAAAGCAGUAACUCUCGCUAUGGAGACGGCGGCCGGCAAGCGACAUGCUUCUACUGACAGCCACAGCUCCGUUCUCACCAGCGACAAGGGCAUCCUGGUGAAAAAGGGAGACGAAUUUCUGAAGAGUCGGAGAUCCUCCAUAGGGAUUCAGGUGGAAACAGCGACUGAUUCUGAAUCAGAAGGCAGAGGCCCACGGGAAUACCAUUCAGUCGGUGUGCAAGUGGAAGAUAAAAAACGACAUGGGAGAUUCAAGCGCUCAAACAGCGUCACUGCUGCUGUUCAGGCCGAUCUAGAACUGGAAGGUUUCCCUAGCCAUGUCACCACGGAGGACAAAGGGCUUCAAUUUGGAGGCUCUUUCCACCAGCACUCUGAGCCCAGCACCCCAACUCAGUACGGUGCAGUACGGACUGUAAGGACCCAGGGCCUCUUCAGUUACAGGGAGGACUAUCGGGCUCCUGUUGAGCCCCCCAGCCCUCAGCCUGAACCAUGGCUUGUGGAGUCACCUCGCGAGGUGGUAGAAACAGGCAGGAUGUCUCCUUGUCGACUUGAUGGAAGCUGGUUCAUGCAGCUCUUACAUGCUGAGACCAAGAGAAUGGAAGGUUGGUGCAAAGAGAUGGAGAGAGAAGCAGAAGAAAACGAUCUCUCGGAAGAAAUCCUUGGUAAAAUCCGGAGUGCAGUUGGAAGUGCUCAGCUCCUCAUGUCUCAGAAAUUUCAGCAGUUUUACUGGCUCUGUCAGCAGAACCUGGACCCCAGUGCGAUGCCUAGGCCCACCUCUCAAGACCUGGCAGGAUUCUGGGAUCUUUUACAGCUUUCCAUUGAAGAUGUCAGCAUGAAGUUUGCUGAGCUGCAGCAGAUUAAGAACAAUGACUGGAGGCCCAUUGAAACCCCAGAAAAGAAGGAGGAAAAGAAAAUCCCAUCCCCCAUACCAAAGAAGCCCCCAAAAGGAAAAAUUGCUGUAACACGAGAAAGGUCCCUGGAUCUGCCAGACAGACAGCGACAGGAAGCCAGAAAACGACUUAUGGCUGCCAAGAGGGCGGCUUCCUUUCGUCAGAAUUCAGCUACAGAGCGAGCCGACAGCAUUGAGAUUUAUAUCCCAGAGGCCCAGACCAGACUUUAAGACAUAGAAUGCUUCAGAAUGUUCAGUUUGUUAUCCAUAUUCAACAUUUUUUUGCAUGUAUCACUUUAUAUCUACAUUUGGUGUUCAUUGUGUCAUCAACACCACGCCUUCCACAUAAUUUGUUUCUCAGUAAAAAAGAGCCCUUUUUUUACCUUGGUUGUCUUUCAAAAUUAACUAGAGUCUCUUCAAUAAAUUGCUUCGGAAUGACCAUAUCACUUAGAACAAAAUGUACCUAGGGGGUUGUUCAGCUAUUUCAACUUUUUCAAGGUUUCUCACAAAGUGCAACUUUUUAUAAACCCACCAGCAAAAUCGGUCUUUGGCUAAGGCUUAAGGGUGAAAGCGCAACCAGUUUGUAGUCCAAGGGUAGUUCAGAACUGAUGACUCUUCACGUAAUUUAAUCAGGGUUUUUUUAAGGGUACAAUAAAAUGUAUUGGUUGCUUGAUCGUUGGAUUACUGAACUGGCACUUGUUUCACUUGAUUCUGAUUGUGUUAUUAGAACUCCAGAGAACACUGCAUAUAGCACAACAAUGCUGAUGUUUAAAUACCUCAAUAAUGAAUUAUAUAAUUUUAUGCUGAGUGUGUCGUCAUCAUUUCUGAAAUCACCUUUGGUUACCUCUCUGUAUGCUCCACUUUAUAAACGUUGAAAAUAAUGGAUUACCCCCACUCCCCUCUUCCCAAGAGAUGGAGCAGGCUCUACAAACAGAAAGCCCAGUGCUGCAUCUACAGAAAAAAUGUGCCAACUAAUACACAAACAGCCAAACACUGUCAUCCAGCUUUAUUGUCUUGUUCAUUGCAGAGAAACAUUUCAUUAGUCUGUGCCAUUAUUUAAAACAUAAAAUGUGAUUGUGCCAACUAGAAAAAAAGAAAUGGAGAACAAUGUUAUUUAUCAAUCAAUGCAUUUUAUCUCUAGGUAUGUUGUACGUUGUACAUCGCUUAGUCAUGCAUUUCUGAAAAUCAGAUGUAUGCAGUACAGUAACCUCUUUUUUUAAAAUGGAAAAAGCAUGCCAUCAUACUUAUUUUCAAGGGUGUGCAAGCAAUAGAAUGUAUUGCUUGAGUUGUACCAGUAGCUAUGAAGUGAUUGGUCUUUCUUGUUACUGAAAAUCUCAUUCACAGUGUCCUGCAUAGAGUAUGAAUAUGAGUAAUAACCUACCUGAUUGAAAACAGUAACAAUGUUGCUUUUGAAAUCAAAAGAAAAAAAUACCCUGAGCCAGAUAACUAGGACUAAUGUUACUCAUGUUCAUUAAGAAAAAAGAAACCUACCAGAAAAGUGAAUAGUAUGUUUAGAAUAGCAUCUGUUAAAUAGCCAAGCCAAAUGUGUGCAGCAACAAGAAAGAAGCAAGUAUUUAAAUCUGUAUUUAACAUAUGCAUAAUUAAUCAUUCAGUAGAAAUUCAGGGGGAAUUAAUUGCUAAUUAGGCCACCUCUGAACAUUUCUUUUACAGUUACGGGUUUUCUGUUCAGAAAAACAGUCUGGUUUUAGAUGCAAGUUGUGAUGAAUGUAGGGCUUUAGGCUCUUUCUAAAGGUAAUAUAGCAUAAUAUGAAUCUGUAUUUAGUCUGCAUGAAUCUGUGAUGAUGGUCUGCAAUUGUUAUAGUCCAAAAAGGAUUUAAAUAUAAGAAGCAGACAAUUUGUUAAGUUGGGCCUUUCUUCAUUAAACUCUGGGACCUGUUUACAAAAAAAUGUAAUAUGGUUUAGUGUCCAUGAAAACUUUCUCAGCUGUUUUAAGGAUGGAUUAUUUCUUCUGUUUAAAGAAAAAAAAAAGAGAUAUGUUAGAGACCUUUUCUUGUGAGCACACUUUGAUCCUCACCUGAGCACCUGCCAUUUAGUACUAUGCCUCUCUCAAGAAGAGUCUGCCAACUGUGCCAAAUUGUGUAGUAUUUUAUGGUUCCUAUUAUCUGAGUGAUGUGGUAUAUACAGAUGUGUCUACUGACAGAUCUCUUUUAUUGAGGCCCGGGUACGCCUACCACAGGCUAGAGGAAGCUUAUUACAGGUGGUUUUGAGAUGUGGACCAGUGUACAGGGGGGCAAAGUUGAGAACAUGUGACUAAUUUCACUUGUGAACCGAGCCAGAUUUGAGCCCUUUGUUAACUUAUGCUCCCCAGAGGUGAAAGUCUUAAAUUACAGUUGAGACAGGUUUCAUGAAUAUCAGACCUCUUUUAAUCCCUAAAACAGUCUUUAAGUAAAAUGAUAGUGUUCUAAAUGAUGAGGUAAAGCUCAACCUUACCUUGGAGUGUAAAGUAAAUGAAAGAACAAGGGUGACAUUAUAAAGUUGUGUUAAUGCAAAUGUUGUAAAAAAAAAAAUAUAUAUAUAUAUAUAUAUAUAGUAGAAUAGAUUAAAAUUACUAAUUAUAUCCCUAUAAAGUUACACCUCAUAUAAGAUAAAUGUAUUGUACCAAACAGCCUUAAACCAGAUUUAAAAGCAAAAAUGCUUAUGAAUGUACAGCCCCUAAAGUUGCGGGUGGGAAAUAGACAACAGGUUCUCUGCUUCAUUUUUCAACAUUUGAGUUUAUUUAAGACUGCAAAAUUCGGUCAUGAAUGUCAAAUUAUCAGUUUAUUUACCUGAAUUGAAAUGAAGAUUUUUGAAAGGCCUCAAAUUCGAGUUUUCCACAGACUCCUGCUGUCCUUGUUUGUGAACUAGAAAGCUCUUGUGUUAUGAAAAGUACCUCAGGCUGCUUGAACAAUUGUGUACAGUAUCCAGAGCCUAGCUGUACUAUUUACAGAACAGAUCUCUGUUUCUGGUGAUCGUUUUAAUACAAAUCAUAUUGUAAGCAGAUUUUAAGAGGAAAUCCUAAGCAAAAAAUUAAAUAAAAAUAAAAAAUACUAAGUGCAACAAAAAAAAGAAAACCACAGUAAGAAAAAAAACACUAAGAGUUAGAUUUGCGAUCAACCAUUGUGGUACUAGGGAAGCUAGAAUAAGAAAAAAUAUAUAUAUAUAUAUUACAGAAAUAUGGGACUGGAAAGAUCAUAGUUUCCAUUUACUGAAAAUACACCUAUUAUUAAGCUCAGCCCUGUGUAAGCACUUAUUACUAUCAGUUGAAUUAGACAUAUUAACCCUUACAACAAACUGUAACACUGCUGAAGGCAUGAGCCUAUACGUUUGUAUACUUGAAUGGAGUUUUCUAUAGUUUUACCAUCUAAUAAACUGUCCACAUGUGACAGUC